CCUCAACAUAUCCUAGUUGAUUUUUGUGUUGCACACAAGUACUUAGCAAGCCAAUAGCUCAAUUUUUGAUCUUGCCCUUUUGUACCUUUUUUGUUCUUCUUUAUUCUUCGAUCUCGUUUUUCGAACCUGUCUGUCCAAAAUGGCCACCGGCUCCUCAUCAUAAGUCAGAUCUUCGCCGUCCUCUUGUAAUUGAUUUUUUGAUUUCUGUUACGCUUAUUCAUCCAUAAAAUUGACAUCUAGCAAGUAAUUGGGCCAUGGAAAGGGUUGCUCUACUUGUCAUAUUGUUAGUGAUAAUAUUUGGAUGGGCUGAAGGACAAGACCAAGAGUCAUGGGCCAAGAGGGUAGAAUCAGGCAAAGAAGUAGUAACAACUCUUCAAUUCUAUUUUCAUGAUAAACUCAGUGGAUCCAAUCCAAGUGCAGUCAGGAUAGCCCAAGCAGCUGAGACCAACAAUUCGGCUACAAUAUUUGGGGCUUUACUUAUGAUUGAUGAUCCACUUACUAUUGGACCAGACCCAACUUCAAAGUUAUUGGGCCGAGCCCGUGGUCUUUACGGGUCAGCUGGUCAAACUGAUUUGGGCCUUAUCAUGGUGCUCAACUAUGGGUUCACAGAUGGUAUUUACCAAGGUAGUUCGUUUAGCCUGCUAAGCUUGAACCCGGCAAUGAACCCGGUUCGUGAAAUGGCUAUUGUUGGUGGGACCGGUCUAUUCCGGUUGGCUCGUGGGUAUGCUAUUGCUCAAACCUAUUCGGCGAAUCCUAAUGGUGAUGCUAUUGUUGGCUAUAAUGUUACCAUUGUCACAUAUAUUUGAUCUCUUUUUGUUUUUCUUAUAGAUGCAACUAGUCUGUAUGCAUUUAGUCUAGUUCUUAAAUUUUUUCUUGCCUAAUUUUGCCUUUUUGGAAUGAGAUUGAUGUGUGAGCAAUAAAGAAAUUGAAGUACUUGAACAAAAAUAACCGAACCAAUAAUUUCUUAAAGUAUAUGAUUGAUGCACAGCGACAGCGUCUUAGUUGAAGCUGGUCAACUA